AGAGAGAGAGAGAGAGAGAGAGAGAGAUGGCGAGGUGGGUGUGUGCGUUUCUGGUGCUUGCUCUCGUGGCAAUGACGCAAGCGAGUGCGCGUAAGGUUCCAAGCGACGCUGGUCCGAACGACGACGCGUCGGUGCAUGCAACUGCAUGUAAAAAGCCGAGCGGUGAGGUUGCCAAGGAGCAGACGGCCACAGUGCACGCGAGUGCCCCGGAAACUGUGGCUGCAGCAGAGGCGCCGGGCGGCGGUGUGGGUGACAAGAAGAACUUCAUCGCCUACGGCGGCAUCGGCGGGUUUUCAGGAGUUGGCGGGUACGCCGGGUUGGGCGGCAUCAUGCCGACUCUCGGUGGUGUUGGCGGGAUCGGCAAGUUUGGUGGGAUCGGGGGAGCUGCAGGAAUCGGUGGCAUUGGCGGGCUUGUGCCCCUCGGCGGCGUGGGAGGCGUGGGCGGCGUCGGAGGUGGGGCCGGCGGGGUUGGCGGUUUAGGAGGCGUCGGAGGCGGGGCUGGCGGUUUAGGCGGCCUCGGAGGCGGGGCUGGCGGUUUAGGAGGCCUCGGAGGCGGGGCUGGUGGUUUAGGCGGCCUUGGAGGUGGGGUUGGAGGUUUAGGAGGCCUCGGAGGCGGGGCUGGCGGUUUAGGCGAUCCCGCCGGCGGCGGGGCCGGUGGGCUAGGUGGUGGGACCGGCGGAGUUGGUGGAUUGGGGGGUCUCCCAGGUGUUUGUCCUUGAUUAAAUUCGAGCAUUCCUAGGUGGAUUGUCACAUUUAAUCUUCUUGAAAACUAAGUUUAGUGUUGUGGUCUUUGAAUGUGGGUCAUUUGUCAAAUAAAGAAGUUUAGGACUAGUGUUAGGCUAAGGUCGUUGAUUAGGAGCGUGGAGGACAUUGUGUUCCUUAUUCGAGGUUGUAAGUGAAGUCCCUUUUGUUUUCCAUCAUCAUUUAGGGUCUGUUGCAUUUUGCCAUUGUACUUCGGUAUAUUCAACGC